ACCAUCCUCAAUUCCAUGCACAAGUACCAGCCGAGGUUCCACAUAGUCCGAGCGAAUGACAUCCUCAAGUUACCGUACAGCACUUUCCGAACAUAUGUCUUCCCCGAAACUGACUUCAUCGCGGUGACGGCUUACCAAAAUGACAAGAUCACCCAACUGAAGAUCGACAACAACCCCUUUGCAAAAGGAUUUCGAGACACAGGGAAUGGGCGGAGAGAGAAAAGGAAGCAGCUGACUCUGCCUUCCCUGAGGAUGUAUGAGAAUCCCUGCAAGCAGGACCGAGAUGGCGGAGAAUCCGAUGCAUCAUCUUGCGAACCUGCCCCUGUGCGAGAAUGUCUUCACUCUCCAUUGGCGACAACCCCCAGUCCUUUACAGGUCCAUCGAAACAGCAGAGAAGACAAAGGAAGUGACCAAGAGCUGGAGAAAGGGUCGGGGGUGAAGAGAUCCAGCCCUGAUCUGGGUCCGGCCAGCCCACCCCACAACCACAGCCCCAGUUUGCAGGCAGAAGAGCGGAAUAAAGAACGAAGCAAAGCCGGCGAGGUCUCCAAGGAAGCCGGUGGUGAGACGGCCCCCUUCACACCUCUGGGCUUGGAGAAGGAGAAGCUGGAGGGCAGAAGGAAGGAGCCUCUCCUGCAGUCAACCCAAGAAGGAUCCAAAAAGGAAUUGCCCGGGGAUUGUGCCCCGGUGGGGUGCAGCAGCAAGGAAGCAUUCCCCCCGCUGAUGGUGCAGACCGACAGCCCACCGCACCUGAACCCCAGUCACCUACAGAGUUUGGCUCUCUCGGGUCUCCACGGCCAGCAGUUCUUCAACCCUCUGGGCGCCGGGCAACCCUUCUUUCUCCACCCGACCCAGUUCGCCAUGGCGCCCGGAGCCUUUUCGGCGAUGGGCAUGGGACACUUGCUGGCUUCGGUGGCAGGCGGCGGUAGCUUGGAAAACGGGGGACUCUCAGCUUCUCAAGGGACGGCAGGCACCACGACCCCGUUCCCUUUCCAUCUGUCCCAGCACAUGUUGGCUUCUCAGGGAAUCCCACUGCCUACUUUUGGGGGACUUUUUCCUUACCCGUAUACUUACAUGGCGGCUGCAGCUGCCGCAGCUUCCGCCAUGCCAGUGACCAGUGCCACUGCCGCCAGCUCGCUCUCCCGGAACCCGUUCCUGAGCAGCGCUCGACCUCGCCCGCGGUUCAACCCUUACCAAAUCCCGGUGGCCAUCCCUCCCAGCACCAGCCUCCUAACCACCGGGUUGCCUGCCGGUUUGAAUGCUGGCAUGGAAGCCUCCAAGCCCGGGAACAGUCGGGAAUCGAGUCCUCUUUCGGAUCUGCCCAUCCCGAAAGCCAGCACCCAGCGGGCGUCUCUGUCCCCCAAGCCAUCUUUGAAAGAGUCCAUGAACGAGUUGCAAAACAUCCAGAGACUGGUCAGCGGUUUGGAGACCCAAAGGGAAGUAUCCCCUAGUAGGAAUUCCCCCAAGUCAACGGUUCACGGAAGCAGCCAACCCCCUAGAGCUUAGGAGCGGCUGGGAAAGAGAUGUGUACAGCACACAGUAUAUAAAUAUUUAUUUUUUAAGAAAAAGAGGAGAGGAGAUUGAGAUGGGUCGGAGUCUAGAGGCAUCAGUAGCUUGGCAUCCUACUAGAGGUGCAAGCAGAGCCAAGGGCCGAGAAGAGGAGGCGGUGAAAGCAUGUUAGGAAGGUGUUUGCUAACCAGGUUUUCGAACUCGUGCUGUAAUCUCAACAGCCCACUGAUAUCUUAACUGUUUUCUGGCCCGAGAUCAAGCGGAAGAGGUCUGUUUUAAGCCAAAUGCAUCUCUAAAAUGGCCACCGGAGAGGAAAAUGGAGUCCUAGGUCACCUCCAAACUCAUUUUGGAAAAAUCCUUGGCACGUUUCUUCCCACAAGAAUUGAAUUUUGAAAUGCGGACGAUGCCGUAGGAUUCGGUCCUCCGAUGCUAGGGAAAUGGGGAAGAAGAAGGGAGCUUUCUGCCAAGUUCUAUAUGUUAGGGAAUUGGGUUAAUAUUAGCCAGAGGAGGAGAGCGAUGUGUUCACAGGCGUUCCCCUUCUGCUACCGAAUGUCGACGGCCACCGAAAAGAAGGAAAAAAAGAAAAAUAAACAUGAAUGUUUCUCUUUCCGCUUCCCAACUUUCAGAGUUGGCACAAUCCACGUGUGACUUUCGGAUCUUUCUCUUUGGGGACUUUCUCUCUGCGUAUCAGAAAAUUUAAAGUGAAAAAGGAAAAAAAAAAUUAAAAAAAGAAACAUAAUAUUUAUGGAAUAAAAUGGUAAUUUCUGUAAAUAAGCUAUAACGAAAUCCCCUCAACCCCCAAAUAUGCAAAAAUUGGUAUUAAUUUAUUUAGAGUUGUACAUUGGAGUGUACAUAAUUAGAGUUUAACUCAUGUUUGAUUGUUUUCUUUUCUUUUUCCACUUUACGUGAGCGUACAUAUAUUGUAAAUGAAGAUCUGGUUUCACAGGUCCCUGGGGAGGGGUCAUAAACCGGGUAGGCGUGGCCAGGGCUGUGCCGUCCAAGCCCCACCCACUUUCCCACAUGACAUCGAAGGGGCAGGGCUUUGAGCGCAAAAGUGGGGCAACCAUCUUGAAUUUUUUUUUUCACCUGCCACAGAUUUCCCUGCUUGUUUAACUCUUUGUGAACGGAAGAAAAUUUUUGUUCUAUAUCUAAAAGAAACAAGGAAAAAUGUUUAUCCCGUCUGUUGGAAGACAAUCAUUAUUUUUAGAUCCGGCUAAAAAGACCAGGAGACAAUCAAAUCCUUCAAAAGGAACUCGACAGGGAAAAUACGACUUUCUCCUGAUUUAUAGUUCAAAGAACGAUGAAUAAAGAGUGAAUGGUUUAAAAAAAAAAAACUUUUACAGUGUGGGGGUAUUCAAAGGAAAAAAAAAGAAAACAGUACAGGAAGCAACCUCAAAUUUUUAUUUUUCACUCCAGAGGGGGUGGGGAAAAAAAAAAAAAGAAUACCAGAAACCUUUUAAAACUAUAUGAAAAUUUAAAAUAUCACAUGGACGGUGUGUGCUGUAUAUUGUUUUUUUUUUUUAAUGGCAUCAUUAGAAAUGUGCUGGUUAUUCAGGUAUCUUCUCGGUUCGAUUUUUUUGGGAUGAGUC